GCGACGCGGUGCGCAGGCGCAGUCUGCCGCAGGGGGGCUGGCGGGAGCGGCUGUGGUGGCGGACAUGUCGGGGGCCCGGGUGUUGUCGCAGCUGUUGCGCGGCCGGCGCCUGGCGCUGAUCCGGGCGAGCCCAGCAACUUCCCAGAUAAGAGCACGCCGUUUUCACUUCACUGUCGACGGAAACAAAAGGUCAUCUGCUAAAGUUUCAGAUUCAAUUUCGACUCAGUAUCCAGUUGUGGAUCAUGAGUUUGACGCAGUUGUCAUCGGUGCUGGAGGGGCAGGUCUGCGAGCUGCGUUUGGCCUUUCAGAAGCAGGGUUCAAUACAGCAUGUAUCUCAAAGCUCUUCCCCACCAGGUCCCACACUGUCGCAGCCCAGGGGGGCAUCAAUGCCGCUCUGGGCAACAUGGAGGAGGACGACUGGAGGUGGCAUUUCUAUGACACCGUGAAGGGAUCGGACUGGCUGGGGGACCAGGAUGCCAUCCACUACAUGACAGAGCAGGCUCCCGCCUCGGUGGUUGAGCUAGAAAAUUAUGGCAUGCCAUUCAGCAGAACCGAAGAUGGGAAGAUUUACCAGCGUGCAUUUGGCGGGCAGAGCCUCAAGUUCGGGAAGGGCGGGCAGGCCCACCGGUGCUGCUGUGUGGCCGACCGGACUGGCCACUCACUGCUGCACACGCUGUAUGGCCGGUCUCUGAGAUAUGACACCAGCUAUUUUGUUGAGUAUUUUGCCUUGGACCUUCUGAUGGAGAAUGGGGAGUGUCGUGGUGUCAUUGCACUGUGCAUAGAAGACGGGUCCAUCCAUCGCAUACGUGCCAAGAACACUGUUGUUGCCACUGGGGGCUACGGGCGCACCUACUUCAGCUGCACUUCUGCCCACACCACCACCGGUGACGGGACCGGUAUGGUCACCAGAGCAGGCCUGCCCUGCCAGGACCUGGAGUUUGUCCAGUUCCACCCCACAGGCAUAUACGGUGCUGGCUGUCUGAUCACGGAAGGGUGCCGUGGAGAGGGGGGCAUCCUUAUUAACAGUCAGGGUGAGAGGUUCAUGGAGAGAUACGCACCUGUUGCAAAGGACCUGGCUUCCAGAGACGUCGUGUCUCGCUCCAUGACGCUAGAAAUCCGUGAAGGAAGAGGUUGUGGUCCUGAGAAGGACCACGUCUACCUGCAGCUGCACCACCUCCCCCCCGAGCAGCUGGCCAUGCGCCUGCCGGGCAUCUCGGAGACAGCCAUGAUCUUCGCCGGCGUGGAUGUCACCAAGGAGCCCAUCCCUGUGCUCCCAACAGUGCACUACAACAUGGGCGGCAUCCCCACCAACUACCGGGGCCAGGUUUUGAAGCACGUGAAUGGCCAGGACCAGGUCGUGCCAGGCCUGUACGCCUGUGGAGAGGCUGCCUGUGCCUCGGUGCAUGGUGCCAACCGCCUUGGGGCAAACUCGCUCCUGGACCUGGUUGUCUUCGGCAGGGCCUGUGCCCUGAGUAUCGCAGAGUCCUACAAACCCGGAGAUAAAGUUCCCCCGAUUAAACCAAAUGCUGGGGAAGAGUCUGUUGCAAAUCUGGACAAGUUGAGAUUUGCAAAUGGAAGCAUAAGGACGUCAGAGCUGCGACUCAGCAUGCAGAAGUCGAUGCAGAGCCAUGCGGCAGUGUUCCGGGUGGGCAGCGUGCUGCAGGAGGGCUGUGAGAAGAUCACCCAGCUGUACGGGGACCUGCAGCACCUGAAGACAUUCGACAGGGGAAUGGCCUGGAACACCGAUCUGGUGGAGACCCUGGAGCUGCAGAACCUGAUGCUCUGUGCACUGCAGACCAUUUAUGGGGCCGAGGCCCGGAAGGAGUCUCGCGGUGCCCACGCCAGGGAGGACUACAAGGUGCGGAUUGAUGAGUACGAUUAUUCUAAACCUGUUCAAGGGCAGCAGAAGAAACCAUUUGCAGAGCACUGGAGAAAGCACACCCUCUCUUAUGUCGAUGUCAAGACGGGGAAGGUCACUCUGGAAUACAGACCUGUAAUUGACAAAACUUUAAACGAAACUGACUGUGCCACAGUGCCGCCUGCUAUUCGCUCCUACUGAUGAGGCUGAUGUUCGUGAAACCUGCUCUUGUAAUUAUGUGUACUAUCCCCUGGCGUGUGUGCAUGCCACUGUCUUUUUAAAAUUAUGUACUCUGAUAAGUAAGGACUAGCGCUCGAGUAGAUUGUCUGCCCAGUGGCCAGCAGCUUGCCAGGAAGAAUUAAGCCUGCCUUUGUCUCUUACUUCAUUCUUUUGAAAUGAUAAAAGUGGGCACCGUUCUUCAAUAAAACGUAAAUGAACAGCUUUCUCUUAUUUCCACCACAUCCACUUAAAAUCUUGACCUCAAGCAUUUUUGUUAACCUGAACUACUACUAUACUCUGUCACACUGAAGCACAUUUAUUAAUUUAUUCUGAAAUAAAAAUGAAUUUUGGUGGUACCUGACAGCAGAUGAAGAAA